AUGAGGAUACACACAGGUAAGAUGCACCCCAAGAUAAAACACACACUACUAAUACCACAUGAAAAUACAAACAGGUGAGAGAUAACAUGACUGUUUAAUUAGAUACUUCACAUGAAUAAGUACUCUCUCCCCCGCUCCCUCCCUCUUUCUAUCUCCCUCUCCGCCCCUCUCUGUCCUUUAGGAGAGAAGCCCUACCUGUGUACAGUACCUGGCUGUGGGAAACGAUUUACGGAGUACUCCAGCCUGUACAAGCACCAUGUGGUUCACACACACUGCAAACCUUACACCUGCAACCACUGUGGCAAGACCUACAGACAGACCUCCACGUUGGCCGUGCACAAAUGCACCACGCACGGAGACUUUGAGGCCACAUGGGAUGAGGAAGGUAUGUAGAGACACUCCUAUAACAAACACCAGUUGUGGACUAAUUUCCUCUCGAAGGUCUUAACAGCAUUCAUUCGUUGAGGGAGUUCUAUUAACCUGAGCCGCGGUGCACCGGUCCAUGGCCUGUGAGGUGAACGGACAAAAGCGGUGAGGAAGGAGCUCCCUUCUGAACAAUAAUCUGCGCCGCUCAGCCAUGUUGUCAACAAGGCAGCAUGGUGCAUCGUCCAGAAACAUACAAACAUACACUCUAUUUUCCAUAAAAUAUAUGUUCAUAUUUUCAAAUUAGUUUUCAUUGGGAAGGCAGAUGUGUUUUUAUCAAAAGCGAUCACUUUUGCAUGUGAAAACACAGAAUCCUACUCAUUACUCCACGUGCUUAAUCUAGCUGUCACGCCCUGGCUCUGGGGACUCUAGUAUGUUGAGCCAGGGUGUGAGUUUUCUAUUGUGUUCGGUCUAGUAUUGUAUUUCUAUGUUGGCCAGUGUGGUUCUCAAUCAGAGGCAACGGGUAUCAGCUAUUGCUUGUUGUCUCUGAUUGGGAACCAUACUUAAGCAGCCAGUUUUCCCACAGUGUUUGUGGGAUCUUGUUCCUUUUGGUUUGUACCGUAGGACUGCACGUAUCGUUUGUUGUUUUGUUCGUGUUAUCAUUCUAAUUUAAAAAAGCAUGUUCACCUUCAGCCUUGGUCCUCCUCCUUCGACGAACGUGACAGAAGAUCCCACCAAGACUGGACCAAGCAGCGUGUCCAGGAGCCAUCGCCAGGGAGAUCUCUAGCGGAUCUCCUUCGCCUCCUCGACUGGGUCGAGCCGUGUGAGGAAGAGAGGGGCUUGACUUGGAAGCAGAAGGGCGAAAGGCUGGCGGGAGAUAUGGAGACCUAGUCCACGGGUAGGAGAGAAGCCCAGAAAAUUUUUAGGGGGGGGCUCACGCCGUGGACGACGGGGCAGCAGGAGACCGCGAUAGAGCGGCCCAGCGGGUUGGCAGAGGAGGCCGCCAGGUUACGGGGGCCACUGGUCAAAAAGGGGAAGGAAGGUGUAGAGGCACGGCGAGAGGUACUGGGGUGUGUUACCAGUCCGGUCCGGCCCGUUCCUGAUCCCUGCGUAGGGCCAGUGGUGUGUGUCCCCAGUACGGUCCGGUCUGUUCCUGUCCCUUGCGCCGAGCCUGUGGUGCGCGUCGCCAGCCCAGUCCGGUCCAUUCCUGCUCUCCGCACCAAGUCAGUGGUGCGCUUCGUCAGCCCGGUCCGGCCCGCUCCUGCUCCCCGCACCAAGCCAAUGGUGCGCGUCGCCAGCCCGGCCCGGCCUGUUCCUGCUCCCCGCACCAAGCCAAUGGUGCGCGUCGCCAGCCUGGCCCGGCCUGUUCCUGCUCCCCGCACCAAGCCUAUGGUGCGCGUCGCCAGCCCGGCCCGGCCUGUUCCUGCUCCCCGCACCAGGCCAAUGGUGCGCGUCGCCAGCCCGGUCCGGCCCGCUCCUGCUCCCCGCAUCAAGCCUAUGGUGAGCGUCGCCAGCCCGGUCCGGCCCGUUCCUGCUCCCCACACCAAGCCAGUGGUGUGCGUCGUCAGUCCGGCACGGCCCAUGCCUGUUCCACCGGUGCCUGGUCCGGCACCGGUCAGCUGCUUCACGCCGGAGCUAGAGCAAUCCGCUCCACCAGUGUGCAGUCCAGCUCCGGCCAGCGGGGCCAGACCGGACCAGGGGUACUUUGGGGGGUUGGAGAGGGAGUGGGGAUCAGGCCCGGAGCCGGAUCCGCCGCCAAGGUGGAGUGCCCACCCGGUCCCUCCCCUGUGGUGUUUGGUUGGCGCGGCCGGAGUCCGCGCCUUUGGGGGGGGGGGUACUGUCACGCCCUGGCUCUGGGGACUCUAGUAUGUUGAGCCAGGGUGUGAGUUUUCUAUUGUGUUCGGUCUAGUAUUGUAUUUCUAUGUUGGCCAGUGUGGUUCUCAAUCAGAGGCUAUGGGUAUCAGCUGUUGCUUGUUGUCUCUGAUUGGGAACCAUACUUAAGCAGCCAGUUUUCCCACAGUGUUUGUGGGAUCUUGUUCCUUUUGGUUUGUACCGUAGGACUGCACGUAUCGUUUGUUGUUUUGUUCGUGUUAUCAUUCUAAUUUAAAAAAGCAUGUUCACCUUCAACGCUGCGCCUUGGUCCUCCUCCUUCGACGAACGUGACACUAGCCUAGGCUACGUCACUUUUGUUUUAAUCCGACUUCACCACAGGCUUUGAACGGGGCACCUGGCUCAUGCCCGGGAGGCAGCCUUGUUCCAAAACAAAUGCAAUCACUUUUAACAUGGUGCAAACUCUCAUUGGGGUAACCCGGGCCAGAUAAUCGAAUCCCCUCAUUCGUUGAUGACCCGCCUCUGUUUCUCUUUUGCAAAAGCGAUGAAUGACCAUUCACAGGCCUCCUUCCUGGAGGGGGCGGAGCAGAAAGAGGAUGGGUCGGGUUCCCAAGACAUCAUUGGCUCUCAGGUAGUUCUACUUUCCUAUCUAGUGAUUCCACUUGUGUGAUAUGGAAAGAAAAGGGCAUACAUUUUCCACUUUUCCGCUCCGUUUUAGUACAUGCUGUCACCACAGUCCCAAGCUGUUGCAUUUAUCAGAACUUGAGUGUAUUAUAAAAACAGUUGGUUCUCUGUCCUCCACUUUGACCUGUUCUCUUCUGGCAGGUGGGUCUGUUGGCAGAGGACCUGCAGGCGCUCGGCAUGGCCAUCACCAUGUUAAUGCCAUCUCCCUGCCGACCCACCAGACGGACAUGACCGCCAUGGGACACCACCACAUUACCAUGGUUACAGGGGAGGGCAAGGAGCUGCAGCAGGUAGGUUACACACACACAUACUCCUUAGCCCACACUAGGCUAAAUGUAUGAAGCAGUAUUUGCUCUUAAAUGUCAAUCUUUGUACUGUAAAGUAGAUCAGCAUGUUAUUGGUGGUUUGUCUUUCCUCUCCAGGUUGCCAUAGUGACGUCGGAGGGCAUAAUGACAGGUGGCUCACAGGGCUCUGGCCCUCACUACCAGCAGGUGGCACUGCUGGCCACGGCUAACGGCACACAGAUUGCUGUUCAGGUCAGUACACACACACACACACACACACACACACACACAGAGAGGUUAAGAACUUGUCAAGUUGUACUCUUAGCAUUAUACUGAGUGUUAAUAGUAUGUGUGUGUAGCUGGAGGAGCAGCAGACGUUGGAGGAGGCCAUCAGCAUGGCGACAGCUGCCAUCCAGCAGGGAGGGCUGGUUCAGGACAAGGACACAUCAGAGGGGGGCUGCUGA